AUGGCGGUUGCUGGGGUUGAUCGGGAUGUGGCGUUGUCACCGGAGGCACCGCUGGCUCCGGUGACGGUUGAACGGAAAGUUAGGACUGAUUUGGAAACUUCUAUUCCAAAGCCUUAUUUGGCAAGGGGAUUGGUGGCUCCUGAUAUGGAGCCCCAUGGAACUCCUGGACAUAGGCACCACGGCAUGAGCGUUCUUCAACAGCACGUUGCGUUCUUCGAUCAGGAUGAGAAUGGCAUUAUCUACCCUUGGGAAACUUACUCCGGGCUACGUCAAAUUGGCUUCAAUAUGAUAGCAUCUCUCAUUAUUGCCAUUGUCAUCAAUGUUGGUUUGAGUUAUCCUUCUUUGCCGGGGUGGAUACCUUCUCCUUUCCUCCCAAUAUAUAUUUACAACAUACAUAAGUGCAAACAUGGAAGUGAUACUCACACCUAUGACAGAGAGGGAAGGUUCAUGCCCGUGCAUUUCGAGAACACUUUUAGCAAGUACGCUCGCACUCUGCCUGAUAAGCUUACUCUUGGAGAACUCUGGGAAAUGACCGAAGGCAACAGGGAGGCGUUCGACUUAUUUGGCUGGGUGGCGAGUAAAAUGGAGUGGGGAAUUCUGUAUGUUCUCGCUAGAGAUCAAGACGGUUUUCUAUCGAAAGAAGCUAUAAGGCGUUGUUUUGAUGGAAGUUUGUUUGAGUAUUGCGCCAAGAUACAAAUGGAAAAUGAAGGAUGGUUGAAGGAAGAAUAG